GGAAAGAGCAGAGGGACAGGAGACGGUAACAGCAGCACCGAACUACUAACAUGCCAGUGAUUUCCGAGUCCACCGCCGCCUCAAGCUGCCCGGAGCAGGGAGCAGGGAAGGCGGAGAAUCGGGACGAGUUGCAGUACUUGGAUCAAAUCAAAUAUAUUCUAGAGCACGGGCACCGCAAGGAAGAUCGCACCGGUACCGGGACCGUCUCUGUGUUCGGCAUGCAAGCCCGCUACAGCCUGCGAGAUCAGUUUCCUUUGCUGACAACAAAACGUGUCUUCUGGAAAGGAGUGCUAGAAGAACUUCUGUGGUUUGUUAAGGGAUGUACCAACUCAAAAGAACUUUCUGCAAAAGGCGUAAAGAUUUGGGAUGCAAAUGGCUCCCGGGAAUUUUUGGACAAGCAAGGAUUCUCAACCAGAGAGGAAGGAGAUCUUGGACCGGUGUAUGGUUUUCAGUGGAGGCACUUUGGUGCUGAAUACAAAGAUACUCAUACAGAUUACUCGGGCCAAGGUGUCGACCAGCUACAGCAUGUAAUUGACACAAUAAAAAACAACCCAGAUGACCGAAGGAUUAUAAUGUGCAGCUGGAACCCUAAAGACAUUUCUCUUAUGGCUCUGCCGCCUUGUCACACUCUCUGCCAGUUCUACGUAGUUGACAAAGAGUUAUCGUGCCAGCUGUACCAGAGAUCAGGAGACAUGGGCCUGGGAGUGCCCUUUAACAUCGCUAGUUACGCCUUACUCACUUACAUGAUUGCUCACGUCACUGGAUUGAAGCCUGGAGACUUUGUCCACACCUUGGGGGAUGCUCAUGUUUAUCUAAACCACAUGGAACCGUUGAAGAUUCAGCUUCAAAGAUCACCUCGGCCAUUCCCUAAACUAAAAAUCCUACGUCAAGUGGAAAACAUUGACGAUUUCACUGCAGAUGAUUUUCUAAUUGAAGGCUACGACCCCCACCCCCCUAUUAAAAUGGAAAUGGCUGUGUGAUGCAUAGUUUUUUUUUCUCUUCUGUAAAUGAUGGCUACAUUUAUAAGGCUGGAAUAUUUUGUAUUGUAAGUGUAGCAUAGAGAUGUGUGUAUAAUAUCUGUAGCUACAAAACUAUUAAUGUAAAUAGUGAAAAUAAAAGAGGAUGUUUCUUUUCCUAGAUACAUAUUUUAUUAUGGGGGUUUGACAUAAUUGGAAACGUUUCUUUUAAAACAGUCAUUAAAGGGGUUGUUCACCUUUAAGUUAAGAAGAAAAAGGCAAAUAAUUCAAAAACCUAUAACCUUAUAAAAAAAAUGAUACCUUUAAGAGAUGUAAUAAUGUUUUUGUCGUUGUGGAAAAGCAACAAUUUCAAGUAACUAUCAUCUCAGUUUGAGGCAUGGAUGCAGAAAAAUAACCUAACCAUUGCAUUUCUGUGCCAUCAGCAGAACAGACAAAAUUUCCUUUAUGCUUGUCAAUCUAAAGGUACUGCAGCGCAUUCGCUUGGAGAAACUGCUUCAACAUUACUCGGUUGAAUGUGUUUGCCCUGUAAGCCAGUUGUUGCUUUGUGGGAUUAGUUGAAUAGGGUGCCAAUCAGUGCUUGAAUUGGAAUGAAAAAAGUGGAGGGAGGCUCUGUGUGGUGAGCGUAGCGCGGUGUGCUAAAACAAGCCCCUCCCACAAUCAUAAGCCACACCCAUUGUUAACAAUACUUUCUGGUUUCACCCACUUUAAAGCAAAGCCAUUUUGCUAUUUCCUUUUUGGUAUUUCCUUCUAAUGCACAGCUUGAUGCCAGGAAUGCAUCGAUUUAUGAAUGUGACCUGUAGGGACCCCAAAAUGAAAAUUGUGCAUGACUUUUCUUGGCUGCCAAUUCAGCUUCUGCAAACACAGCACCUUGCCUGUGUAUUGUGUCAUAACAACCCCAUCAUAUUCUAUAUUACCCAAGAUUAUUUCAUAUGUAUGAUUCUCUCAAUUCCUUUUCUCUAUAACCCUCUCUGAUGCCUCCGCCUUCUCUAUCUUUUCUACUUCUCUCCGAGCAAUCUUUUCUCUCCUUUUAUCCUCUAUAUAUUUAACUAUAUUAUAUUUUACCUCUGCAUUUUAUUUGCAUGCAGAAGAAAGUUUCGGGAUUCAAAACUCUUGCAUUCCCACUGAGGGGUUGCUAUUUCACAGAAAUAAAGAAGUGAAGGGAUGGCAUCCCUAUGCCUCCUUCCCCAAUUCCAGCACAGGUGCCAAUCCCAACACUGUUGAACACCAAGGGGCAGAUUUAUCAAGGGUCGAAUUUCGAGGGUUAAAAAACCCUCAAAGUAAAAUCCUUUGAAUAUCAAAUUCAAAGGAUUUUAGCGUAAAAGCUCUGAUCGAAUAAAAAAUGUUCGAUCGAACUUGACCAAUUCGAUGGUCGCAGUACCCAAAAAAUUACUUCGAAAUUCUAAUAUUUUUUCAUUCGAAUUAUUCACUCGAGCUUAGUAAAUCUGCCCCCAAGUCUAGACUUGGUUUGGAAAGGCAAGGGGGUUCUAGUUUUCUCAUUUGUGUUCCAAUAUUUUGCUUUACACACAUAUCUGCAUAGAAUAGACAUAAAUUAUGUAAUAACAUUCACCCCAAAACACUAGUCAACAAUCAGUUAUGUUUCUAGACACAAAAAAUGUUGUACAUAGGAGUAUCCAGCCCUGCCCUACCUACCCCAGUCAUAUGUAGCCUUUCCCCCUUUUCACAUGCCCGAGGAGUCAGAUGGAUGGUGGAGAAGUCUAUAAGGUUAAGUAUUACUUGGCUGUCAGUAGAUACUCUGGUAAUCAUAUCUUAAUUUAAACAAAUUUUAAAAUUUCAUUCGUUUUUUUCAUUCUUUUAAAAUAUGAAGCUGUACAAGGAAGAUCAUCUAAAUCAGGGAGCCAAGCUUUCUGCAUUAAACCAUUUAACCCUGUCUGGGUCAACUUAUGGUCAGACUGGGCUUCCAGGAAUACCUAGGAGAAUAAGUAAUGGAUCAACAAAAAGCACGAAUUUUUGUGUUAGGUCCCAAGCCUCUUCUUUUGUCCCCAAAGAAGCCAGUAUGGGAUAAAAGAGGCUUAAAAUAGGCAUACUGGAAGCACUAGAAGUCUUUUCCCCCUUCCAUGAGGAGCAGGGGCACCAAGAUAAUGAGAAUAACAAUAAAAAUAUGGAGAAUUAACCCAUGUCUGAGAAAAUAGCAUUUGAAGCCCUUAUUAUUCCCAAAAAUAUGAGAGGUUACUGAAACAGCAAUGCAUCUUUUUAUAAUAACAUAACCUACCCUACAUAAGAUAUCGCCUUUAAUUAAGCAAUUAAUGUCAUAAACAUUGCAAAAGAUACAGAUAUUAUUUCCUAGUCCCCAGGUAAAUUUACCAUUAUGUUGUCAGGUCCAAUCCCUUCUGAUAAGCUCACAUCUCUGCAUGUCGUCCUUUAGAUCUGCGCCGACUUUUACCUUGAACCUUUACGUGUGCUUUGCAAAACAAAUUACACAAAUGUUAUUAUUUUUCAUAAACAACAGUGAAGUGUAUUUCCUUCUUUUGAAAAUCAUUUUCUAUUAAAAACAUCUUUACAAGAAAGCUACAAA